GGCUGGUGUGUGCUUUUGUUUUGUGGUAAUGCUGUAGCUGUAGUAAUACUUUUUUUUAAAUUCAGUUUUCUUGUACUGAAUAUUUGUUUUUUACUGAUUUUCUUUUUGUUGUCUGCUGCAGGUUGUCAAGUGAAAGGGCACACUCUGUUCCAGUCCACUCACCGUCACCAUGCUCUGCAAUGAAGAUCUCGAGUGUGUCGUGUGCUGCUACCAGUACACACGCAGUGACCGGAUCCCACGGAUCCUCCACUGCAAACACACCUUCUGCGCUGCCUGCUUGGAACAACUGUGCAAGAUGGAUGGUGUCAUCCGUACCAUCACCUGCCCCAUGUGCCGCUGGAUUACCUGCACCCGGGCCAGCCUGACGCUGCCAGGGGCCCUGUGGGUCAACACCGAGAUCUGGGACCAAAUUCCAAAGGUGCUGCAGGGCAAGCAGGAUGUAACAGAGGAUUUGAAAGACACAGAAGCCCAAUUAUUGAAGUCAACAUUGCCUUUUUCGGGAAAGUCUGUUUUCAUGUCCACACUCCAAAAAGUGUUCAGCUGUGUGCUGCUGCAAGCACAUGAGAUGACUGACUGCUGACAGUUUAAAGCUGCAGAAAGGACUAAUUUUCUCGUCAUGUUCGAGCACAACAGAGCUGUACAGCUCAAGACUCCAAGUGCAAACGGUGGCGUGUAAUGGACAGAUCUCAGGCGGUUUUGUCUCGUCAGGAGCUUUGAAUGAGUUUUUGGACUGCGCUGACUGGAGGUCAGGUUUUGUCUGUGAACUUAAAGUUCAAACGUUAACGUAAAAUACUGUUGUAUUGAUUUUUAUCACAAUGGGAAUAACAAUGGGAUAUCAAUAAUCCAGUGGUAUAAAGGAUGUAAUGUUUUGUUGUAUAUUUACCCGUUUGUUUGUGUAUUUUUGGUACUUCAGUAAGAAAACCUGCAUUAUUUGUGAAGGAUUCUUAUCCACAGAGUUCAGGCCAAGUCUCAUGAACAGUGUAUUUAUAUAUAUUUUUUUAUUUAACAUAACAUUGAACAAAGCUGCAGGUUUACUGAACUCAGACAUUUGUGCACAU